AUGCGUUUGAUCAAUACUACGACCCUUGAGGUCGAGGAAUUCUUUGAUGUCUCAAUUCCCGAAUAUGCCAUACUAUCGCAUACCUGGGGCGACGGCGAAGUCUCACUUCAAGAUUGGGCCGAUCGAAAGAACCGCCGCUUCAAGCCGGGCUUCCAGAAGAUCAUUUGGGCUUGCACUCAGGCUGUCAAAGAUCAACUUGGUUACGUAUGGGUAGAUACUAACUGCAUCGACAAAAGCAGCUCAGCAGAGCUUUCCGAAGCUAUCAAUUCCAUGUUCAAGUGGUAUCGCAGAUCUGCUGUUUGCUACGUAUACCUAGAAGACGUCCCCGCAUUGACCUUCGAUGAAUGCACUAUGCCAAAUAGUGCCUUUAGACAUGCGAGAUGGUUUACAAGAGGUUGGACGCUUCAGGAACUUAUCGCACCGCCAAAUGCUGUUUUCUUCUCCAGCGAUUGGACAAUGAUAGCUACCAAGUUCAAAUUGGCGCCUUGUAUCACCGAGAUUUCAGGAAUACCAUGGUCUUGUCUCCUCAGAGGCAGACUCUCGAAGUCCCAUCCACUGCGGAGAUACAGCGUCUCCCAGAGGAUGUCAUGGGCCUCAGGACGUUCAACAACUCGCAUAGAGGAUCAAGCCUACUCUUUACUCGGCCUUUUUGACAUCUCUAUGCCGUUGGUGUACGGCGAAGGUUAUGAGGCGUUCACGCGAUUACUCGGGCAAAUCAUCCAAAAGUACGCGGAUCAAAGCUUCUUUGCUUCCCUGUUACAUUAUGCCGACUUUCUUCCUCGCUCGCCCGUGGAGUUCUGUCACUCGCAGACGGUGGUUAUUAGCACUUCGCCUCAACCUCAGAGGCACUAUCAACCUCCUGACCAUUCAUAUCCAUUUAACAUGACUAACACCGGGUUGCAAAUCACCGUACCUAUAGUGCCAACUUUGGUCCCUCACUUCGUCUUCGGUGUGCUUGACUGCUGGGACAUCGAAACUGCUAGCACUCGGACGGCACGCAAUAUCUCACGAAUAUGGAUACCAUUACUCCGAAAGGACACUGGUGAAGUACAGCAGUAUAACCGUUUGAUAUGGCCUCGCACUUUCUUGCCAGUGAAGAUGCCUCAGGAAGCCAGCAUACUGGGUGUUGCUGAUGAAGACCGAUACGAGGCAACACCUUCCGUUGCAUCAGGAAACUAUCACGUUUUGACGGAAACCUACACAAAGUCAUCUAAAGCCCCUCAUCAACGCCACAUUGAACUGGUAUCAGCACACUUGCAGAAGAACAUCCUUAUCAAAAAGCCAUACGCGACAAUGUUAUCUAUCCCAAAGUGGCCGCACUGUGAGGCUGAGAGCCCUUUCUUACUUUGCUUUCCUCGUGGAACUGCAGACUACCGUCUCUAUGGAAUAUUUCCACGGGAGUUUCCAAUUGACCAUGUAUGGUUAGGAGAACGACCGCCUCGACUGCCGCUGGUCAUGCCACGGCCAAUAAAGGGCAUCGACGAGGGGGUACAUGCUAACACAAUCUACCGUGUGACAGUCGUCUUCAAGCAACGGAGGUCACGACCCGGAAGGUUCGUCGCCAUUUGCCUAACCAAUUCUGUCGCGGUAGGUCCUGGGAGGGUCAUGCCUAGCUGUAAGAUCAUCCGCGACUGGUCGCCGUCAAGAGAUCAAGAGAUUGAUGGCAUGAAUCUGAUUGGCUUCAGAGAAGUUGAUACGGCAGGCAACACCUUAGUUAUGGUGCAGAAGGUCACAUGUGAUCUCAGGUCAACGUCGGAGGGAUACGAGCCACGCUUCAUAGGACUGACCCAAGUAGUAUUCGAUAGAUUGAAGUUGAUAGAUGAACUGUAUCCAGUUCCAGAGGAGACUUGGAAAGCAUCGAGAGGUAUUCUGGACAGCUAUGGCCAAGAGUCUUCAGACGAAGACUAA